AUGGAUAAUUCCUCUGAUCGAAAUCGAGUGAUACAAGAUGAACUACAAGAAAUAAAGAAUAAAUUAAACUCGUUAAUCAAGGAAUCAACCAUUCUAACUUGUAACACUGAAUUGGUACAAGUUCGAAUCCGAUUGACAAAGCAUAAGCAAAUAGUAGCCUCUAUUCAAUUUCCAGCCAAUUAUCCUCAUGAUGUGCUGCUUGUUGAAUUCAAAAGUAAAACCAUAUCUGAAAAAAUAUUAGAUACUCUAUUAAAUUUAUGUAAUAGUGAAUUCAAGAAACACAAAGGUCAAAAGCAAAUUCUUUAUCUACUCCAUUUUGUACACCAAUUUAUAGUCAAUAAUCCGUUAUGUAUUUGUGCUGAUGAAGUACGCCAUUUAAAGAAUAAUAUUGUCGAUGCUCAGCGUGGCGAUUGGAUUAAAAUUAAGCAAAAAUCAUCCACUAUUCUGCUUCGAUUUCAACAACAACGUUACUAUAUUGAAACGAAAUUAGCUAUACCUCAUCACUAUCCAGUAGCUUGUGCAACAGCAGAGAUUACAAGUACUAAUUUUCCUGAAUUACUAAAAAAGACGUUAUCUGGUUUCUGUGAAGAAAUUGCUCGAAAAUGUGUUGAAAAACCACUCAAACCUAAUCCAAAAGAUCCACCUUUUAUCCCUCAGCCAUCAUUGCAGCCAGUCACCGAUUAUAUCGUCAAUUUUUGCCGCAAGCAUGCGAUUGCAAAGUGUCCAAUAUGUAAAAAGCUGGCGUUACCAGAAAAUCCGAGUCAGAUUGUCACUGAUAUAGAGCAUGAUUCCUAUGUGGAAAGGGUUUACUGUGAUCAUUUAUUCCAUUAUGGUUGUCUAGAUAAACACAUGAAAAAGCCUCCUUUUACUGGAGGAAAAAAAUGCCCAGCAUGCUCCAAACGAAUCUAUCAUGAUCGUUGGAAAAUAUCGGCUAGAACUGCUGAAGAUCGUUGGGCUCAUGAACAAGCUAGAAAGCGAGAAUUAGAUGAAGUAAUUGAUUUCCUAAGUUGA